GGUGCCAUGGGAACGAGCAGGUCCAACAGGUACAACAUCGUGUCAGACUUUGUGUCAGAAGAUGAACUCCAGAAAACCUCCAGUUUAAAACUCUACAAAAGUCACAGUUCACCAAAAAACAAAGAGCAGUACAACGUAGAAGAACAGGAUGGUAGGUGGAGGCCAGGAGCCUCUGCUCUCCUGCCCAACGCAAGAGCGAUGAACAGCUAUAAUGAGAAGAUUUUGACGAGGGGCUCCAAUCAAACACGGAGCCGAAUUGUGAAGAAAAAUGGGCAAUGCAAUGUUGUAUUCACUAACAUGGAAAACAGAAGGCAGCGGUACCUUGCAGACAUCUUUACCACCUGUGUGGACAUCCGCUGGAGAUAUCUGCUGCUUCUGUUUUGCAUUAGCUUCAUCGUCUCAUGGCUGCUUUUUGGCUUAAUCUUUUACAGUGUCUCCUUUGCACAUGGGGACUUUGAGGAACCUCAAGGUGAAGGACUGCUGUAUGGACCCUCCUCUGGACACAUAGUUGGAGGGAAGACACAAAAGAUGCCCUGCAUACUGCACCUUCAGGGCUUUGUUGGGGCGCUCUUGUUCUCCAUGGAGACCCAGACCACCAUUGGUUAUGGCUGGCGUUGUGUUACAGAGGAGUGUCCCAUCGCUGUGAUAACAGUGGUUGUACAGUCCAUUGUAGGUUGCAUCCUCGACUCUUUCAUGAUUGGCACCAUUAUGGCCAAAAUGGCUCGACCGAAGAAGAGAAACCAGACCCUAAUGUUCUCCAGAAAUGCAGUCAUCACCCUACGUGAUGGAAAGCUGUGCCUCAUGUGGAGGGUGGGCAAUCUGAGGAGGAGCCACAUUGUGGAAGCGCAUGUCCGUGCCCAGCUUAUACGUUCUUACGUUACAGCUGAGGGUGAGUUCAUCCCCUUGGAACAGAUGGACCUCAACGUGGGUUACGAUGACGGCACAGACAGGCUGUUUCUAGUGUCUCCUCUGGUUAUAGUGCACAUGAUAGAUAAAGAUAGUCCUUUGUACACGUUAAGCCGAGCUGAUCUGGAGGCAGAUGACUUUGAGAUUGUUGUGAUCCUAGAGGGAAUGGUAGAAGCCACAGCCAUGACCACACAGUUUCGUAGUUCCUACCUUGCCAGAGAAAUCUUCUGGGGUCACAGGUUUGAGCCUGUUAUCUACGAGGACCGGGAUCGCUACAAGGUAGAUUAUGCUUGCUUCCACAAUACAUACGAGGUACCAUCAACGUCCCAUCUCAGCGCCAAAGAGCUUGACGAAGCUGCAAGCCGGGCUUCUUCUACUGCAUCUCUAGUUUCAGCCUGUAGAUCCACACAAAACCUGUUCCCAAAGUCUCUGACUGAAUUCUGCUAUGAGAACGAGGUAGCACUGAGCUGCGGGGAGGAAGAAGAGGUGUCUGACUCCACUCUCAUUUUAAGGAAGGAGAAGGCAGAGGAGAGGAGGACAUCUGUUGACUUUCUGUUUCAUGACACAGCGACCGUAACCUCAGGCAGUCACAAUUUCCUGUGUGUUCUGGACAUGGACAAUAACCAGAUGGAGUUUGACAUCCUGCAGACAGCCAUUCCUCUUGAUCCUGUGACCUUUAAGCCUGAACAGGAGACCUAA